GCGAACACUUCAUGAGGAUGUAGUCGCGGCAGGUCGACGCGUACGCUGCUCUGUAAGCUUUUGGACUUUAAUUUAUCCACGCGCGACAAGGUAUACACCCGCGCUGAGAAGCAGGAGUAUAAAGGACGUGGAGGGAGAGGGGGGAUCUUCACUUGCAUCUCUUCUCAUCCCCUUUUCCUCUACCACAAACAUAUUUUCUCAUCAUGGUCAAGCAAAUCAUCACCGUUCUCGGCGCCACUGGCAAGCAGGGCGGCUCUGUUAUCAAUAGCAUCCUCGCCGACUCCGCCGCGUCGAGCAAGUUCGCCCUUCGCGCGGUGACGCGCGAUGUGAACAAGGACAGCGCUAAGGCGCUCGCUGCGCAGGGCGCGGAGGUUGUCGCUGCUGAUAUGGACGACAAGGAGUCGCUGCGAAAGGCCAUCAAGGGCGCGCACGGCGUCUUUGCGGUCACCAAUUUCUGGGACAGCAUGAGCGGCGACAAGGAGAUUGCCCAGGGCAAAAACAUUGCCGAUAUCUGCAAGGAAGAGAACGUCCAACAUCUCGUCUGGAGCAGUCUUCUCAACGUCACCAAGCUCACCAACGGCGUCCUCUCUGAGGUCCACCAUUUCGACAGCAAGGCCAAGGUUGAAGACUACAUCCGCGAACUCGGCAUCCCUGCGACCUUCUUCCUCCCCGGCUUCUACAUGGCCAACAUCCCCGGCAUGAGCCUCCGCCCCUCUCCCGAGGGCAAGUGGACACUCGGCAUGGCGAUGCCCGAGGACGCCCCGAUUCCCCUCUUUGCCGCCGAGCGCGACACGGGCAAAUUCGUCAAGGCGAUCUUCAUGAAGCGCGAGCAGACGCUCGGCAAGCGCGUCUACGCGUCGUCGGGGUAUAUCACGCCGCUGCAGAUCCUCGAGGCGUUCAAGAAGGUGUACCCGACGUCGGGCAAGGAUGCGACGUUCCAGCGCGUGCCGAACGAGGCGUUCAAGGGGAUGUUGGGUCAGAUGGGUAUGCCUCCGGCUAUCCAGGAGGAGACGCUGCAGAACAUGCGCCUCGUGUACGAAUUCGGCUACUACGGUGGCGAGAAGCUCGACUGGAGCCAGUCGAUUGUCGACGAGCCGCUCACAACACCUGAGGAGUACAUCAAGGGCAACCCUGCUUUCUCUGGAGCGCACUGAGCCUUAGGAUUCAUGUAGAAUAAUGAAUGUCCCAGUUUGGUAUAAAUCUUGUAAAUACCACUUCCUGACUAAGGGAUCACUCCGUG